GAGUGAAACUUUACAGGACAAAAUAGGUCACAUUGGUAUUUGAUUUACUGAUUUUUGCUCAUUCAGGUGUCUCCAGUUCAUAUUUUAGGCAUAUUUUUAAAUUUAAAAUAGGAUAGAUUCAUAAUUUGUUCUUGAGUUGAUGUCGUCAGUGAUCAAAAAUAUUGUAAUUAGUGGCUGAUGGCUAGUGUUGGCUGUAUUUGCUUGGACAGCAUGUGUGAGUCAACAGGAGUUCAGUGGGAAGCUCGAUGAGUGAUGACAAUCUUAUUAGGUCAGAGCUGUCUCUCCAGGCAGAUGAUGUCAUAGUAGAAAGUAGUGCUGAAUGAUAUGAAGAAAAAAAUAUUUUGAUUAUUUUCACAUGUUGCUGUGAAAUGAUUUACAAUUUUCAUCGGAAUAGAAAAACGAUGAUGAUGUGAUCUUUUAUUUGCUCACUUGAUCCCUUAAGUCUAGAGAAUAUGAUUUUGGGCAUCACUGUGGCUCUUUGCAAAACUGCUACACUGAGUGGGUCAGUAGAUUCAUCGCAAUGUUGCUACCCUUUUCCAGCACAAAAUGUUCUGGUGCUAUUCAGUUUUGGACUGUAUGGUCAUGUAAGCACAAUGGGUUAAUAGAUGCCCAACUAAAAUCCAUGAAUUCAUUAAAAUCACAGUGAUGUCUAUGAAAAUCUUCUCCUUGUAUCCCAAACAAAUUAUCAUGAAUAACUUAAGUAUUCGUGUGUAUGGCCCGACCCCACUAUCAAUUGAAUGGCAGUGAUGUAAUGGUCUUUAAAUAAUUCAUAUGUGGAGAAAAGUUAAAGAGAGUGAGCUGGGGAGGAGAAGAAAAUCAAUGAGGGUGAGAGAGCAGAAAUGAAAAGGAAUGAGGUAUAGACAGAGAGAGAGAGAGGGGAGUGAGAGAAUCAGAAGAGACAGGCAGUCAGGCAGAUGGAUGGGAACCCCACCCAGGCCUGCUUCCUCUUUGCUGUUCAGUUCAGUGAUAAGCAGCUGCGGAGGAAGUCAAGUGUUAUUUCAUCAGGACAUAUAAGGGAGGACGAUCAUUUCUGUUUGCUGAGGAGGGAUCUGUGAAGCUAUGGUGUCAUGAAGGUGUAAUGAAGAUCCUGUAGGUGGGAAAGCCACAAAAAGUCUCCAUCCUCUGACCUCACAGCCACUUAAUGGGCCAGAAGAACACAAAUAAUAAAGUAGAUGGUUGAUUGACAGCCCCUGAACAUUUCAGGGGAACCAGAAACAAAUUUCUAAACACAGGAAUUCUACCUUGUGUGUAUCUGGCUCAGCAGCAAAUUUUACCACCCAAAUUGGCUCAAUUUGCGGAGUCUCAGGCUCCUGCCAGUCCUGUUCAGCUUUGUCAUAAAGCUGCAGUAGCUUUCCCCUGAGAGGUAGUCGACUUCCCCUACAGAGCUAGAAGCACACCAUUGAAAAGGAAAACUAUAACCUUGGAUGAAGGCCCUGUCUUGUGUGGGAGAGCAGGCUUCUGACCACAGUUUGUAAAGCCUGCAGGCUGCUUGGAUCUCUAUCCCUUGUCGCUUAUCAACAUGCCUAAAAGACCAGCAUUUGACCAGCUGACAGCUAGCAUGGUUUGCAGAACAUGUGGAUGCUGCUAACUUUGUGCCCAUUUUUGAAAAUCAUCUAGUUGUGAGACUUCUAGCUCUGGGGAAGGCCCAGCCAUGGAAGGUCUUGAGCACCUUGACAUGGUGGGUGAUAUCAGCCCAGCUCUUGAAGCCACUGAGGACUUUAUCCACUGCAUGGAUGGGGUGCAAGACCAAGGUCCCAGCCAAGCUCAAACAGGGACCCUCCAGGCUUCCAGGCAACCCAAGCAGCUGCAGGAGGUUUCCAGUGCUGCACUGGGGAAGCUAAGCUCCAGCGGCGUGUGGAGCCUGCUGGCUGGAGAACAGCCAGAGGUGGGGCCCUUAGGCCUGGCCUGGGCUGACAACUUCAGUGUGCUGGGGCUAGGAAUGGGCUUGAGACAUGGGAAGAGAAGCCGAGCGCGCUCCACCAAUGACCUGGCAGGCCAUAGCAAGGAGUGCACCAACAACACGGCCAACUCCUCAUCCAACUCUGCUUUCAAGAAAGGACACAGCCGGUCUAGGUCAGACGUCAACUAUCGGCCAUCUGCAUACACAGACAACGGACUGCCCACUGUGGACUGCAACACUCUGAAGAACAUGAUCCUCAACCACCAGCAAGAAGCUGAUAAAAGCAGAAGCAGCAGUAGCAGUGUUGUGAAGCAGGGUCAGAUGGAGCAGCGUGACGGGCCUCAGGGCCGCUGGACACCCUGCCAUGUCGAGCUGACACCCUGUGAGCUCCGGCUGUACACUCUGGACAGCAGUGCCAACCGCCAGCUGGGCACCGCCUACUCUCUGUCACACUGCCAGAGUGUCAUCUCACCAGCCCCAUGCAGCCAGCCCGGCCAGAUCACUCAACCUGCCGAUCAACGCACGCUCCAGGCCUUGUUUUUCAACAGCACGCGUCUGCAGCUGAGGGCAGCCAACCAAUGGGAGGCCAUGGAGUGGAGAAGGCUGAUGUGGGAGAAGGUGCAGGCGGCCAAACCUGUGAGGCAGGAGAGCCGCCAGCGGAAGACCGGGGUGGAAAAGUUUCCCACACCUAUGUCGCCCUCCUCAUCACCCUCUCCAUCAGGGCUCGACACCCGGCCUGAUGGUGACAGUGACACCUCCACCUCAGCAGAGGCGUCACUCUCUCUCCAGCUGAAUUCUGGCAUCCUGAGCAGACCCACCACCCUGCCUCUGUUCACCCAACGCUGCCAGGACGUUCUCAAAGCCGGUCUGCUGCACCAGCUGAUGGAUCAGAACAACUGGUUGGCCUUCACCUUUGUCCUGACCAGAUCUUCUCUUCGAGCCUUCCCUACCGAGGGCCGUGGGUGUGUGUCCCAGCCUGUCCUCCAGUACUCUUUGGCCUCCUGCUUGUCCGUGCAGCACGAUAAGGAGCCAGAAAAUGGAGAACCAUGGCCAGCUAGAGGGAACUGCUUCCAGGCAGUUUUCCCCAAAGAGGUACUCAGACUUCGGGCUGACGAUCAGCUCAAGGCUCAGGAAUGGGUGGAGGCCCUGCGGGAAGCGGUCGCAGCACAGAGGCCUGCCCAAGAAGAAUGUGGAGAAAUGGGAGAAGAUGCUCCAGCCUUUCCAGGAGUGUUGUUGAGAUCAAAACCGUCCAGAGAGAGGAGACAGCGAGAGGCCCAGAGAGCCAAGCGGCAGUCAGUCACCACCAGUUUCCUCAGUAUUCUCACCUGCCUGGCUGUGGAGAAGGGUCUCACAGCUCAGAGCUUCAGGUGUGCAGGCUGUCAGCGUCCGAUUGGUUUGUCCAGAGGAAAGGCAAAGGUUUGCUACUACAGUGGCUGGUACUACUGCCAGAACUGCCAUCAGGACAACUCCUUCCUCAUCCCAGCACGCCUCCUGCACAACUGGGACACCAGCAAGCACAAGGUGUCUAAACAGGCCAAAGAGUUCCUGGAGUUUGUUUAUGAGGAGCCCCUGUUGGACAUCCAGCAGCUCAACCCUUGUCUGUAUGAUCACUGUGAGCCCCUCAGCACCGUCCUGCGUCUCCGUCAACAGCUCCAGUCACUGCGGGCCUACCUGUUCAGCUGCCGAGCAACGGUUGCUGAGGACCUCAGACGAAGGAUCUUCCCAAGGGAAUACCUGCUACAACACAUUCACCUGUACUCCAUGGCUGACCUGCAGCAGGUGAUUGAUGGAAAACUGGCUCCCUUCCUGUCCAAGGUGAUCAAGUUUGCUAGCUCCCAUGUCUUCAGCUGCAGUUUGUGUCGAGAGAAAGGCUUCAUCUGUGAGCUCUGCCACAACGGACAAGUCAUCUACCCCUUCCAGGAGAACGCAACCAAGAGGUGCGAUGGCUGCGGCGCUGUGUUCCACGCCGAGUGUCGGCAGAAAGCUCAGCCGUGCCCUCGCUGCGUUCGCAGAGAACUCCACCACAAGAGGCCGUCGUCCUUCUGGUCACCCGAUGAUGACAGCCCCGGAUGCUUUCAUCUGCCCUACCAAGACACCUGAGACACAUGCAGAAAAGCAGCCAACAAUUAGGGCGCUGCCAGGCCACGGCGCUGGACAAAGUGUCUGUUUCUCUGAUUCGUGUGUGACUCCAGGACAAAUUCUGGGACAGAGGACAGGGUCAGAGUGUCUGAUGCAUCGUCAGGUUUUACAGACUGAACUAAUGACAUGUUUUGUAGUCAAACAUCACACAUCUUCUGGGCAUCUUCGUCGUCUUCAUCCUUAUACCACAUCACUACCUUCACAUAUUUCUAAUUUCAGGGGUUGAACUUGUAAAAUCACAGCUAAUAAACCACAGAAGUGAGUUUUUUCAAUUUAAACUCUUCUAACCAACAACUUGCACUCGCAGCCAUUCUUAACUUUAGCGAUUAGUCAGUGGACAAAAGGUGUAUCAACAAUUUGAUUAACUGAUUAAUCAUUCCUCAAAUUAUUCCGCUGCUUUCACUUUGAUUUUGGACGGAUGGUCAAACAAAAUGAAGAAAUAGAAAAAAGUCUACUUAGCCUCUUAAAACAUGAAUGUUUUUUUGUCUUUGUUUACCGACUAAAUGAUUAAUUAAAAAAUACUUGAUGAAACAUGAUGAAAAUAGUUGCAGCCCUAUUCAUUUUAAAGUGAUACUCCCCCCUACAUUUGUAGUUUUCUUCUUUACAGAGACUAACAGCUAUUGUCAACGGUCACAAUGAAAUCAGAUAUUAAAGGAUAGAUUCAGUCUAGUUUGUGGGACUCUAAAUCUUCAGUUUGAUGGCAAAGCAGCUUUUAUGAUCAGAAGGCUCUAACUGAGACCACCUCAUAUAUCUUUGUACAGAAUGAGAAUUGCACUGAUUUUGCAACAGGAAAAUCUUAAUGGCCAGUAUGAACCAAGAAUGAUUGCAGCAAGAAAAAAAAAUUUUUUCCACAUUUGUGUAUUUGUAGUAUUGUUUAAGACAAACUUUAAAAAAAAUGUGAACCUGUCCUUUAAUUUGUUUUCAAGCCACUAGUUCCCUCUCCAUCUGUGUGCUCAUUUUGUUCCUAACACACCAUUAUAUUUGCCCUAAGAUUGCUAACCACAAUUCUACAACAAAUCCAAGAGUGCAUUUCCUGUUCUGGUGUGAGCUCCAUGAGACUCACAAGUCCACUGAAAUACUGUUAGAAUACUGAAAAAUGAUCAGAAUCAGAUCAAUCUUCAGACUUCCUUUCAUCUCAAAGAUCACAAAGUAAAAAGUGUACAAUGCAUCUUGUGCCUGUAAAGUUUAGAGCUGAAAGGAUUAGUUGAUAAAUUGUUUAGCUGAUCAGUAGAAAGUUAAUCAAGAAUGAUUUUGAUAAGUGAAUAAUUGUUAUCUUCAAGCAAAAAUGCCAACAAACCUGCUUUGCAAAUGAGAGAAAUCUGAUUUUGUCUUGUCUUACAUCGCAUUAAACUUUGAAUUUACUUAUUAAGGAGCAUAAUCGAUCAUUAAAGUAUUCAUUAGUUGAAGUCCCAGUAAAGUUAGAAUGUGGUGUUUGUUAUUCCAGAACUUUCACAUAGACUUACCAGACUAUAAAGCGCUUUUUUUUUUUUUGGAGUUAUUAUUAUUAUUGCAACCCCAACAACUUAUUGCCACUGAAAUCUUCUGUAACUUACUAAAAAUGAAGUGACCACAGCUGCUGUUGGUGAAGAAGGAGAACACAAAUGUUUUACAGUCAUAUUCACGUCUAAGGGGGGGGUGUUUGAUUACAUUUUGGAGUCACAUAGGAGCCAUUUGGAUUUGGAUGUUUUGCCAAAUAAUAAUAAAUAAUAAUGAAAUAGAUAUUACAAUAGCUGUGAUUGAAGUAAAGAAAUCCCUCAGUCUUUUCUCUUUCCUCUUUUAUCAGAUGUCAUUGUUCUUUUCCUUAAACUGACCCUGUAGAACAUUUUAUCAGUGUUCUUUUCAUGUAGAAUGGACUGUCUGUCCGUCUGAGCACAUUUUCUUCCCUCCAUCACUGUCUGUAAAAUAACGGGGCAAUAAUCUACUGUAACUUAUUCUUUCAUUGUUGCCUUUUCCCUCCUCUCUCUUCCCCUGUGAUUCUACUUCCUGUUGUGCUUUAUUCAUGCAGAAUCUAUCAAACAUGAUAGCAGCUUUAGCUUUUAGUAUCUCUAUGCAACCUAGAUGGCCUUUAUAAUCCACUGCUUUCAUGUGUAAAGGUCUGGAAACACAUUUUAUGUUUUUUUUAACACUGCUGCACCAGCUGCAUCUCCAUCCUGCCAAAUUUUACAGAAAUGUCAGAGAAAUGAACAUCCAUCAACUGAUUAAUCAGCUUCCCCAAGUGUCCAAAAAGGAAAUCAGCAAGGAAAACAGAAAAUCAUUUAAGUUAGGUUAGAUUUGACAAAUUUUUCUUUCAGAUUCAGUUCAUGUUUUUGGUUUUGGUUUUGUUUAAGGUUUUUGGAGAAUAUCAAAAGUAAUGACGAUGAUAACUCGACAAAUUUAGUUUUCAAAUUUUAGUUUUUUUUUCUACAGGCAAAAUAUUGAUGCUCCUUUUUUUUAAUAAUGUCAGAAAAGUUUGCUUUCAGUUUCUAAAUAUCCACAAGCUUGGAGGAAAACAAAAAAAUCAGGAUUUUGGGCCUCAUAAUAAAGGCAUGGAUUGCAACUUUUACAGUUCACUAUACUGGAAUUCAUACUAAUUUGGAUGAAAAUGUAGCUGCUGUUUGUUCCUGCUGCUUGCUCAUCUGUCCACUCUUUGUCCUUUCAGCUUGUUUGAGCCAUAAAAACAACUCUGAGGGGAAUUUCUGUGUGAAUAAGUUGCUGUACUCAGCAGCUGACUGACAAACCUGAGUUACUGGUUUACACGUGAAUAUAUAAAGAUGAGAUUGACAGUUAAUCAUGUUUAUGAAGCAUGUAGGAUACUGUAGACUGAAACUAAGUAAUGUAGUGUAGUUUAAAAUAUGACAGGGAAAAUGCACUGAUGUCAGCUUAUUACGGUACAUGUUUUUAUUUUGAAGGUCUGCAGCCAUGUCAGGUGAUAUUAAAAAUGAAAUAUUUAAGUUAUUGUUGUUUGUGCCUGCUGCAUAAAAAGUCAUGAAAAGGUCACAAAGCCUUUGGUUGAAGUAUUCCUGAGAUGUAUUUUAAUUACGUUGCAUGUUUUUUUGAUUGUUUUUAUUAAUUUGCUGUUUUUAAAUGCUGUUCAUUGAAGUAUUACAGAGUCUGGCAAGUUUCAGGGAUCUUACUUUUUGAAUGUGUGCAAUCAGAUCUGCACAGAAAUGAGUGAAACAAACUGGUGCUGCCAAAUCUGAGACCUGAAUCAAUCCCAUAACCAGAAGCUCCGGUUUUAUUUUUUGUCAUUACUGUUUCCUAGACUUUCAAAUUGCAACAAAUCAGAGAGAAGAAAAAAGAAAUGAUCAAGCUUUAUGGAACAAAACAGCUCCACCCGCUGGGUCCUGGCAAAGUAUCAGAUUUCUGGGGGCAGCAAUCCUAUCACAAAGUACUAAUGCGAGUGUAUGAAAUAAUAAAACAAACCUUGUAAAACAUGUUUAAGGGGUGUUAAAUGUUUAACAGGCAAAAUAUGAGCCCACUUAUCUGUAGGUGUGCAGUUAAUGUCUAAGUGAAGUACUUUUGAUAACCUGGAUAAACUUUGCCAUGUUUAAAAGUCAUGUUUCUUGGACCGUGUUGGACCUGUUUUUAAUAGUGUCACUGAAGACCAAGUUAGAUCUGUUUUAGGUACAUUUUCCACUGAGCAAAACUGGGGCAAGUACUUCCUAUAGCUACAGUAUAUUGAUGCUUGUUCGAGAGAAUUAUUUACUAAUUUAUAUGCACAAAUUAGCGAAAAAUAGACCCCUAACACCUGCUGGGCUUUGUCCCCUCGUGGUUAGUGACAGACUUGCAUCUGAUCAUUUGAAAACUUGUAUUAAUUUCUUUGUUUUUUUUUAAUUAUUAUUAUUCACAUUGAUUGUCUAUUCAUUCAUUCAAUUUUGAGGUGCAGGUUUGUCUUUACUUGAUUUUACCAACUUUCAUUUCUUCGAGAAUUUGGAAGCACAAAUAUGAACACGCUGAAGAAUAUGUUAUGUGUCAUAUGUUCCAGCUUUAGUGGACUCCAUGCUAAAUUCUGUCGUCUUUCCACAGACAAAGAUUUCUCAGAUAAAACCUGAAGACUAAUUUAUGACUGUCAAUUAGCAUCUGUGUUGCCAAGAUGAGCACAUUGAACUGAACUGAUUACAGGACUGGAAAUGUUCUUUAUGUUGCAGGCACAUUAUGAUCAUCACAGUAUGUUUUUAAUUAACAUGUUGGGAGGAGGAUAUAUUGUACAGUAUUUAAGCAGAGGAGAACCUGCACUGAAACCCCUCUCUCUUUUGCACUUUUUAAGUUAUUAUUAUUAUUAUUAUUUUUUAUUGUUGUUUGUUUUUAUCGCAGCCAAACUUUUAUGCAAGUACAGGAAGUUGAUCUUAGCCCUUCCUCCUGUCUGGUUUUGUUCAAAUUUGUCUGCUAGCCACAGAUGCCAAUAAAGACAAACAUCUUAAUAGUGAAA